AGCUACAUUGAAAUGCAAGAUUUGUUGCUUAGUAAGCCAGGUGGUUCUACUUGAUCGGCCUUGCUCACCGGUCAAUUUCUACCACGUGGGCUGGUAUUCGUGAAUCUCAACUAUUGGUGGUUUACAUCUUGAUUGCAAAUUCUCAAUCUCACGUUACACGCUCUGCCCUUCUCAGUCUCUAUGACUUCAAUUCUCAAAUUUGCGAGGACUUUGUUUCGAAGGCCGCCCUGGCCGCAGUUACAAUUCCCUACAACCGGUUUCGACAUUGUCAGCGAUAAUCUUCUACUUGAGGAAGAACAGCUCGAUGAAUUUAGGAAAGGGGUAUACUACCCUGUGAAGAUUGGAGAUGUGUUUGCCUCUCAAUAUCAGGUCGUAGGCAAGCUCGGUUUUGGAAUCACAUCCACAGUUUGGUUAGCCCGCGAUCUUCAGCGUAGUACGUAUGCAAGCCUGAAGGUAUUCACCAGGGAGAGAACGGACCAAGAGGAACUCAAUAUUUACAAAGCACUGAACGAUGGAAAUACCUCUCAUCCAGGUCGCAGACACGUCAGAACCGCUCUCGACGUAUUCACUAUCCCGCGGCCAGGAGGAGAUCAUCAGUGCCUUGUCCAGAAACCUAUGUGGGAUAGCUUUAGGGAUCUCUUAAAUCGUAAUCCCACCCAUCGGUUCACGAAAGUUAUGCUCCAAGCAGGUCUGUCUCGAGUGUUCCUCGCACUUGACUAUCUCCACACAGAAUGCAAGAUAGUUCAUACCGACAUCAAAGCCGACAAUAUUCUCGUGGAGAUAGAGGAUCGGGGUCUCCUUGAUGCGUUUGUCAACUCCGAGAUGGCAUCUCCAUCGCCCCGGAAGUUCAUCGACGGUGUACCAGUCUAUGCGUCCCGUCGCUUCGGUUUGCCUAAGCAGAUCGGAGAUAUAGUACUUGGCGACUUGGGCUCCGCUGUUUGUGGAGACAAGAGGAGCAUACACGAUGCCCAACCUGAUGUCUACCGCUGUCCAGAGGUGAUGCUGAAAACCGAAUGGAGUUAUCCAGCUGACAUAUGGAACGUCGGUUCCAUGAUUUGGGAUAUCUAUGAAGACAAACAUCUGUUUUACGGGAACGAUCCGGAUGGUAGAAGAUACACAACCCGAGCCCACCUCGCUGAAGUAGUCGCGGUCCUGGGUCCGCCCCCACUAGACCUGCUCGAAAGGGGGACCCGAAGCAGAGAGUUUUUUGAUGAAAAAGGCCAAUGGAUCGCUGAAGUACCGAUUCCUGGACACUUAAGUUUGGAGAGCCUCGAAGAAAAUCUUAGCGGAACAGAGCAGCAAGAGUUCUUGGAGUUUGUGCGAUGUAUGUUGACAUGGAAGCCCGAAGAUCGGAUGACUGCAAAGCAACUUCUUGAUCAUCCGUGGCUUAAGGUUUCCUCAUGAUGGACACAGCGGUGUGGGGAGUUUGUAUUACUAACCACAUACAGCCCGUGUACUAGUUUGGCGACAUCAUGAAUGCGAACAGCGUUAUCACGAGCCUUGCACAUAAUUUCAAAGGUCGUCUUUUCGGUCGCCUCACAGCUCAUAUGUUAUGACCAUGCAAGCCCGACUGUAGAUCGAGACAACCUUGGCUCGAAACAUGCCGAGGUAAUUUGCACAGCCCGAAUUGAACGUUUGUGACCUUCCUGGCGGUGGUAUCACGACGCCACAGUCACAAGGCAGACUGCAGCCUGAUGCGUCAGCGUGGCGCAGCCAACCUCCCCGAAAGUACUUUACGAACCACCCUUUUCCGACGUUG